UAAUUCUUCCCAAGUCAAUUUCUUUCCCCAAGAAACGUUUCUCGAGAAAAUUGGCUCAAAGUAAAAGGCUGAAGACUUUUUCCAACAAAUUUCUCACUCCCGUUUCUUCUUUCGUUUCAUUAUAUAUAUAAAAAUUGGAGUACUGAAGUACAGAGCUCACUCUCACUCCCUGCCAUGGCUUCCCACUUCAAACCUCCAUUGUUGCUCUCUUUGGCCUUCGCUUUCUUCAUUUUGGGUUCUUCUUCAUCUGAGGAAUCGACCCUUUUGGCCUUCAAAGCCUUCAUUAAAGAUUCAACAAACUCUCUCUCGAAUUGGGUUUCUUCUUCUCAGACCCAUUUCUGUAAUUGGACUGGAAUUUCUUGUGCCAACUCUUCUUCUUCUUUGCUUUCAGUUUCCGCCAUUUAUCUUCAGGGUUUGAACCUUUCUGGUGAAAUUUCAUCUUCCAUUUGUGAGCUCCCUCGUUUGACCCAUCUUAAUCUUGCGGAUAAUCGGUUUAAUCAGCCGAUUCCUCUUCAUCUCUCGCAGUGCAGCUCGUUGGAGACUUUGAAUCUGAGUAAUAAUCUUAUUUGGGGAACGAUCCCAGAUCAGAUUUCUCUGUUUAGUUCCUUGCGAGUGCUUGAUUUUGGGAAGAAUCACAUUGAAGGGAAGAUUCCUGAGGGCAUUGGAGCUUUGAAGAAUCUUCAGAUUCUCAAUCUCAGAAGCAACUUGAUUUCUGGUACAGUGCCUUCUGUUGUCUUUCAUAAUCUGACUGAUCUUCUUAUUGUUGAUUUGUCUGAAAAUUCUUAUCUGUUGAGUGAUAUUCCCAGUGAGAUUGGGAAGCUUGAGAAACUUGAGGUGUUAUUGCUUCACAGCUCUGGUUUCUAUGGUGAAAUCCCUUCUUCUUUGCUGGGUUUGAAAAGUUUGAGUGUUUUGGAUCUUUCUCAAAACAACCUCACUGGGAAACUCCCUGAAAUGUUGGGUUCUUCUUUGAAGAAUUUGGUGCAUUUUGAUGUUUCUGACAAUAAGCUUAUAGGGUCUUUCCCAAAUGGAUUUUGUAGUGGAAAAGGCCUUGUGAGUCUUAGUGUUCAUACCAAUUUUUUAACUGGGAGUUUGCCUAAUUCCUUGAACCAGUGCUUAAACCUUGAGAGGUUUCAAGUUCAGAACAAUGGGUUUUCUGGGGAUUUUCCUAAAGCUUUGUGGUCAUUGCCUAAGAUCAAGCUCAUCAGAGCUGAAAACAAUGGUUUCUCUGGUGAAAUCCCAGAGUCUAUAUCAAUGGCUGAUCAGCUUGAGCAAGUUCAGCUUGAUAACAACAGCUUUUCGAGCAGAGUACCUCGGGGUCUCGGGUCGAUUCGAAGCUUAUACCGAUUCUCUGUGUCACUCAAUCACUUUUAUGGUGAACUGCCACCAAACUUCUGUGAUUCUCCAUUAAUGAGUAUAAUUAAUCUGUCCCACAAUUCUCUUUCUGGUCGAAUUCCCGAGCUGAAAAAUUGCAAGAAACUGGUCUCUUUGUCCUUAGCAGGCAAUAGUCUUACUGGAGGAAUUCCUUCUUCCCUUGUAAAUCUACCUGUUUUAACUUAUCUUGAUCUUUCUGAUAACAAUCUCACUGGUUCGAUUCCUCAAGGACUCGAAAACUUAAAGCUUGCGCUCUUUAAUGUUUCGUUCAAUCAACUAUCGGGCUCUGUUCCAUUCUCUUUGAUUUCGGGGCUACCCGCUUCAUUUCUGCAAGGAAAUCCUGAUCUUUGUGGCCCUGGUUUGCAAACUCCUUGUUCUCAAGGCCAUCCAACAAACCAUAUGUAUGGACUUAACAAAAUGACAUGUGCCCUCAUCUCUAUAGCUUGUGUUUUAGGAGUUCUGAGUUUAGCUGCUGGGUUCAUUCUGUAUUAUCGAUCCUACAGACCAAAAUCCCGAGUCGAUAACUGGCAUUCGGUCUACUUCUAUCCUCUAAGAAUCAGUGAGCAUGAGCUGAUCAUGGGGAUGAAUGAGAAGACUGCACAAGGAUGUGGAGGAGCUUUUGGCCAAGUGUUCACUUUAAGCUUACCGAGCCGUGAACUGAUCGCCGUAAAAAAACUUGUUAAUUUUGGGAGUCGUUCAUGGAAGUCGUUGAAAGCCGAGGUCAAGACAUUGGCCAAGAUCAGGCACAAAAACAUCAUCAAAAUUCUGGGGUUUUGCCAUUCUGAUGAUGCCAUUUUUCUGAUUUAUGAAUUCCUACACAAAGGAAGCUUGGCUGACUUGAUAUGCAGAAAUGAUUCUUGUCUAAAUUGGAAUGUAAGACUGAGAAUUGCCAUUGAGGUUGCCCAAGGACUAGCUUACAUUCACAAGGACUAUAUCCCACAUUUACUUCAUCGAAACGUCAAAUCGUCGAACAUUCUAUUGGAUGCGGACUUUGUCCCAAAGCUCACGGAUUUUGCUCUUCACCAUAUUGUUGGAGAGUCUGCAUUUCACUCAACAGUAGCUUCGGAAUCUUCUCAUUCCUGCUAUAUUGCACCAGAAUAUAAAUACACCAAAAAGGCAACAGAGCAAAUGGAUGUGUACAGCUUUGGUGUAGUGUUGCUAGAACUGUUGACUGGUAGACAAGCUGAGCGAUUGGAAUCAACGGAGGACUCUCUCGACGUCGUCCAGUGGGUGAGAAGGAAGGUGAACAUAGCCAAUGGAGCUUCCCAAGUCUUGGACCCGAGCAUCUCGGAGCAUUCUCAAGGACAGAUGCUGGAAGCUCUAGACAUAGCACUCCAAUGCAGUUCUAUGAUGCCUGAAAAACGACCAUCGAUGCUCGAAGUCACCAAGGCCCUUCAACUGAUCGGCUCGACAACGAACCUUCACGAUGCAACCUUCUCGGCUGCAGAGGAUAGUUCGGUUUCAAGCUGAAAUCCUCCUCUUGCUCCAUGACUUGUUUCUGUAUAUCCAAAUCCAUAUAUCUUUCUAGGAGACUUUUUGAUUGAUGUUUGGAGCAUGGUAUUUCUGAAUGUGCUCAACAAUCAGUGGUAAAUACAGGAUUUGUUCAAGUUUCC